GUGCAAAGACUCAGGCAGGGGCAGCAGAUCUCAAUCGAUGGCCGGCUGGAAGACGAAGCUUGGGCAGAGGUGCCUUGGUUAGAGAAUUUCAUGGACCUUGCCGGCCCGCGCCACGGCAGCGAGAGGACCAGCUGGCAGAAUGCUUCGCGCGACUAUGCCAGGCGCCUUACAGGCUCAGAGAAUCCAACUCGUGUGAAGCUUCGCUGGGACGAGGAGUUCCUCUACGUGGGAGCUGAACUCCGAUCCAAGCAUGUGGCCGCUUCGGUGGAGGGCCAUUGCGACAACCUCCGCAGUGAUGUGUGGCAGUCCACGCCGGUGCUGCCCUACUUUGAUGACGACUUUGAGGUGUUCAUCGAUGCUUCUCAAAGCAAUUAUUACUAUGUGGAGUUCGAGAUGAAUGCAAGGAAUGCCACCUACGACACGCUUUGGUACCUGCCGCAGGCUGGACUGGGUUCCGUUGCGCCGGAGUGCAGCCUGUGCUGCAACACCACGUGGAAUGCAGGCACAGGCCUCUGCGACCACGGUGCAGAAGAGGAAGGUGGGUCGUGGACAAUGGAGAUGUUUGCAGCGGGCGCGCGGCCCGGUGAUGGGAUGCUCUCCGCUACGACCAGUACGUCGUUGGGCUGGAGACUAGAGAUUCGCUUUCCCAUUCUCUCCAGUCGUGAGCACGGAGGUUUGUUGAAUCGGCCCUCAUCGCAGCAUUUGCCAGAUGUUCCCGUGGAAAGCUUGCAUCCAGCUCGUGGACAGAGGUUCUGGUGGGCAACGUUCGCAAAUGCGCUGCAUGCAAACUGGUGGAGCAAGCUCACAGCUGCUGACACGAAGCAUCCAGAGUUCAUCAAGUGGCUCUGUGAACAAGUAAUACGUGAUGAUCAACAGAGAUAUGGAUUCUCCCAGUUUCUGGUGGAUGCAAACAAUGCAGCCCCCACGUGUUACUACGAGGCAUCCUCACAAAAUCUUGGUGGUCACCAGUACAUGCACAACCCGGACCAGUUCGGAUAUCUGCAAUUUGCAGAGGUUGCCGCCUCUCACUGCAGCAAUGUCUACUGGCUCGAUUCGUGCUCGCGCAGGUCUACCAGGCUGAGGUGUCUUUACUGCAUACAGCGCUGCUGCAGCUAA